UAGUCGUAGACUCGUAGGUAACAAGUUGUAGUGCUAUGUGGGCAGCCGGAGGAAGUUUCAUGCAUGCGCAACAUCGUUCCGUUCGUUUCCCUUGACCACAUGCAACCAUGCAUGCAUGAGUUCCCUAUAUAUGCUCACUAUUACUACAAGAAGAAGAAGAAGAUCAGAGUGCAUCUUCGCACACAGCUAGCGCAGCCUCUGUCUCCCAGCUACUAGCUAGCAACGCAGGCAGCCAUGGAGCCGUCCUCGACGGCAGGGCUGCAGCUGGGGCCGCUGUCGGGCAGCCGCCGCAGCGCCAGCGCGGCCUCCUGGGGCUCCCGCCGCUCCGGGUCCAUCUCGCACUCCUUGCGCCAGCAGGCGGGCGCGGACGACCCCUUCGGCCGCGCCGCGUCGCGGCAGGGCCACGAGGACGACGAGGAGAACCUGCGCUGGGCCGCGCUCGAGAAGCUGCCCACCUACGACCGCAUGCGCCGCGCCGUCCUGUCCAACCACGCCGGCGUCGAUGGCGCCGACGGUGCCGCUCACGAGCUGCAGGGACUGGUGGACAUCAACCAGCUGGCCAGCGGCGAGGCCGGCAGGGCGCUGCUGGAGAGGGUGUUCCAGGACGACAGCGAGCGCUUCUUGAGGCGGCUCAGGGACCGGGUGGACCGGGUGGGCAUCGAACUGCCGGCGAUCGAGGUCAGGUACCAGGGCCUCUCCGUCGAGGUCGACGCCUUCGUCGGCAGCCGCGCCCUCCCCACGCUCUGGAACUCAGCCACAAACUUCCUGCAGGGUCUUGUGGGCCGACUUGCUUCCUCCAACAAGAGGACCAUCAACAUACUCCAGAACGUCAACGGCAUCAUCAAACCAUCAAGGAUGACCCUUCUGCUUGGACCCCCAUCUUCAGGAAAGAGCACAUUUAUGCGAGCCCUUACUGGGAAGCUCGACAAAGCGCUCAAGGUGUCUGGCAGCAUCACUUACUGUGGCCAUACAUUUGAGGAGUUCUACCCUGAAAGGACCAGUGCGUAUGUUAGUCAGUACGAUCUCCACAACGCAGAGAUGACCGUAAGAGAGACACUGGAUUUCUCCAGGCGGUGCUUAGGCGUCGGUGCCAGAUAUGACAUGCUCGCUGAGCUCGCUGUCAGGGAGCGCGAAGCUGGCAUAAAGCCAGAUCCCGAGAUUGAUGCUUAUAUGAAAGCUACUGCGGUGCAAGGGCAGGAGAGUAAUAUUGUUACCGAUCUUACUCUCAAGGUUCUUGGGCUUGACAUUUGUGCCGAUAUGCCCAUUGGUGACGAGAUGAUCAGAGGAGUUUCUGGCGGGCAGAGGAAGCGUGUAACAACUGGGGAGAUGUUAACAGGACCUGCAAGGGCUUUGUUCAUGGAUGAAAUUUCCACUGGUUUGGACAGCUCUAGCACAUUUCAGAUUGUGAAAUACAUAAGACAAUUGGUCCAUGUGAUGAAUGAGACCGUGAUGAUCUCCCUCCUACAACCACCGCCAGAGACCUACAACCUGUUUGAUGACAUUAUUUUGCUAUCAGAAGGAUACGUAGUGUACCAUGGGCCACGCGAAAACAUCUUGGAAUUCUUUGAAUCUGCUGGUUUUCGAUGCCCCGAAAGGAAAGGAAUUGCUGACUUUCUUCAAGAGGUCACUUCCAAGAAAGACCAGCAACAGUACUGGUACCUUGACCAGGAGCAGUAUCGUCACGUGCCUGUCCCAGAGUUUGCUGAACGUUUCAAGUCAUUCCAUGUAGGCCAGCAGAUGCUCAAGGAGCUGCAAAUUCCUUUCGACAAGUCCAAAACUCAUCCUGCUGCGUUGACCACCAAUAAGUAUGGGCAAUCCAGCUGGGAGUCAUUCAAGACAGUGAUGUCAAGAGAGAAGUUACUGAUGAAGCGCAACUCCUUCAUCUACAUCUUCAAGGUUGCCCAGUUGGUCAUCCUUGGGCUCAUUGCCAUGACUGUGUUCCUCAGAACAAAGAUGCCACAUGGGCAGUUUUCUGACAGCACCAAAUUCUUUGGUGCUUUGACUUUCAGUUUAAUGACCGUCUUAUUCAAUGGGUUUGCCGAGCUACAAUUUACUAUUAAAAUGCUUCCUACGUUCUACAAACAGAGGGAUUUCUUGUUCUUUCCUCCAUGGACCAUUGGACUGGUAAACAUCAUCUCAAAAGUUCCUGUUUCGCUUGUGGAGUCCAUAGUAUGGGUCGUCCUCACGUACUAUGUAAUGGGCUUUGCACCUGCUGCAGGAAGGUUCUUUCGUAUGCUUUUAGCUUUUUUCGCUACUCACCAAAUGGCAAUGGGUCUGUUCCGAUUUCUUGGUGCUGUUUUGAAAUCAAUGGUUGUGGCCAACACCUUGGGGAUGUUUGUGAUCCUUCUUAUUUUCCUAUUUGGAGGCAUUGUCAUACCUAGAGGUGACGUCCGACCAUGGUGGAUUUGGGCUUACUGGGCAUCUCCUAUGAUGUACAGCCAGAAUGCGAUAUCCGUCAAUGAAUUCCUCUCAAGUAGGUGGGCCAACCCAAACAAUAAUACAUCUAUCGAUGCACCAACAGUAGGCGAGGCUAUUCUUAAAGCCAAAGGCCUUUUUACUAGAGAGUCGGGAUUUUGGGUUUCCAUUGGAGCCAUUGUAGGAUUCAUUAUUUUAUUCAACAUACUGUACCUUCUGGCACUUACGUACUUGAGCUUUGGCAGCAGCUCAAACACAGUUUCAGACGAGGAGAAUGAGAAUGAGACAAACACUUCAAUACCCAUAGAUGAAGCCACAAAUCCGCCAACUCAGUCACAAAUCACCUUGCCUUUCCAGCCUCUUUCACUUUCUUUCAACCAUGUAAACUACUACGUGGACAUGCCUGCAGAAAUGAGAGAGCAAGGAUUCACAGAAAGUCGUCUCCAGUUGCUCUCUGAUAUCAGUGGUGCUUUUAGGCCUGGUGUUCUGACAGCAUUAGUUGGUGUGAGUGGAGCUGGGAAAACCACUCUAAUGGAUGUCCUGGCAGGAAGGAAAACUAGUGGAUCUAUUGAAGGAAGUAUCACCGUCUCUGGUUACCCUAAAAAACAAGAAACUUUUGCCCGCGUGAGUGGCUAUUGUGAACAAACUGAUAUCCAUUCACCAAAUGUUACUGUGUAUGAAUCCAUUCUGUACUCUGCUUGGCUGCGUCUUUCCUCAGAUGUCGACGAAAAUACGAGAAAGAUGUUUGUGGAGGAAGUCAUGACUCUUGUGGAGCUUGAUGUGUUGCGUAAUGCUAUGGUUGGUCUCCCUGGAGUGGACGGGUUAUCGACUGAACAAAGAAAGAGACUGACAAUUGCCGUGGAGCUGGUAGCAAAUCCUUCAAUCAUAUUCAUGGAUGAGCCAACUUCUGGUCUUGAUGCUAGAGCCGCGGCAAUUGUAAUGCGGGCGGUGAGAAAUACAGUGAACACUGGGCGAACUGUGGUUUGCACUAUCCAUCAACCCAGCAUCGAUAUAUUCGAGUCUUUUGAUGAGCUUCUGCUUAUGAAAAGAGGAGGACGAGUUAUUUAUGCUGGUGAACUUGGUCAGCACUCUCACAAAUUAGUUGAAUAUUUUGAGGCAAUUCCAGGUGUUGAAAAGAUCACAGAAGGAUAUAAUCCUGCAACAUGGAUGCUGGAAGUUAGCUCCCCUUUAGCUGAGGCUCGCCUGAACGUAAAUUUUGCUGAAAUUUAUGCUAAUUCUGAUCUUUAUAGGAAAAACCAAGAACUUAUUAAGGAAUUAAGCGUUCCCCCACCUGGCUAUGAAGAUCUCUCAUUUCCUACGAAGUAUUCUCAGAAUUUCUACAAUCAAUGUGUUGCAAACUUCUGGAAGCAAUACAAAUCUUACUGGAAGAAUCCACCCCACAACGCCAUGCGCUUUCUUAUGACGUUGAUCUAUGGCCUUGUAUUUGGCACAGUGUUUUGGCAGAAGGGGACAAAAAUAGACUCACCACAAGAUUUGUCCAAUCUACUUGGAGCCACUUAUGCUGCUGUCUUCUUCCUUGGUUCUGCCAACUGCAUCACAGUUCAGCCUGUUGUGUCAAUCGAACGAACUGUUUUCUACCGUGAAAAGGCGGCAGGGAUGUACUCUCCAUUAUCCUAUGCAUUAGCUCAGACAUGCGUGGAGAUGAUCUACAACGUCGUGCAGGGGAUUCAGUACACGGUCAUCAUCUAUGCGAUGAUUGGAUAUGAGUGGAAAGCUGCAAAGUUCUUCUAUUUCCUUUUCUUUACAAUUUCAUGCUUCAACUACUUCACAUUGUUUGGCAUGAUGCUGGUGGCGUUGACCUCAUCUUCCAUGCUCGCAAACAUACCCAUAGCCUUUGUACUCCCUCUUUGGAAUCUUUUUGCUGGGUUCCUCGUUGCGAGACCGUUACUACCAAUUUGGUGGAGGUGGUACUACUGGGCGAACCCUGUGUCUUGGACCAUCUAUGGCGUCAUCGGGUCGCAGUUUGGCGAUAACACCAGUCCUCUGUCUGUCCCCGACGGGAGCCGCCUGGUGGUGAAGCAAUUCUUGGAGGACAAUCUGGGCAUCAAGCACGAUUUCCUUGGGUAUGUCGUGCUCGCGCAUUUCGCGUACGUCAUCGCCUUCUUCUUGGUGUUCGGCUACUCCAUCAAGGUGUUGAACUUCCAGAAACGUUAGGCAGACGGCCGUUUAUUUUAUGCUGCUGCAAGAGAGAGGCGGCAAUAAUCUAUAGUUUGUGUGUAUUUGUGUAUAGUAGAAGUAGUAGGAUACAUACAUAGACAUCGUUGUACAAGCUCUGCUAUUUAGAGGAAUGGAUUUUUUUUCGACUUCAUCAAAAAUAAAAAUGACAUCCUUUUCCGUUUA